AUGUCAGAUUAUGACAUAAAACUCACACGGUUGUCUCGAUAUGCGCCUUAUUUAGUUUCUACAGAGGAUAUGAAGAUUGAGAGGUUUAUGGAUGGUAGUGGAUUGCACCAGCGGAUUGAGAUGAGGACUAGUGAGAGUAGGGUUGCAAGGGAUAGAGCAAAAAAGGCCAAGAUAAAGGGUUAUCAAGGUCGUAAGAUUUUAGCGGUGGAGGGAUUGCUCGAUGGCUCAUCAAUCCCAAGUUCUGCUCGCAACUCUACCCAGCCAACCUCAUCUGAUUGGGAGGCUAGUAGAUUAAGAGGUAAGGAUCGUGUUAGGAGAGAAGAACAAUUGGUGGUGUCUACUCCUUUAAAGGAGGUGAUACAAAAAUCUCCGAGUUCUGCCUCUCUAGGGCUUGACGAAGAGGCCUAUCUUUUGAAAGUGCCUCAUCAACUACGGCAGGUAAAUGAAAGUGCCUAUGAACCACAACUAAGUUCAAUUGGUCCUUAUCACCACGGUAAGCAGCACUUGAUUGAGAUGGAAGUGUACAAAAAUCGUUGUUUACAAAAGAUUCUUAAGAGAGAAAGCAAGCAUAGAUGUUACGAGGCAGUCGACUUUAAACGAGCUCGCAAAUGGUAUUCCCCAUCCUUCUUGAAUGAUAUUGAAGCUAAAUUUCAAGAAAUAAUGCUAGUUGAUGGUUGCUUUAUUGUUGAGCUAUUAAGGCAGAUGGUAACAGGUGAAUAUGAUGAUCCUAUUUUCAAAAAAGAGUGGGUCCAAAAUGCCUUACUUGGCGACUUGUUGCUAUUCGAAAAUCAACUUCCUUUCUUUGUGUUAGUGGGCUUGUAUCACGUGAUCAAGGAUCCAACAGAUGGAAAAGAUUUCGCUUGCCAGGCUUUUUCUGUUCUUUCUGAUUUCUUGCCAGGGCCAGGGACGUGGAAAGAAAACCCUCCUACCAUCAAAGAUACCGACGAUAUCAAGGACCUACUAAGCUUACUACAUGAUAAUUGGUGUCCUUCUCCUCAAGGAAUAAGGCGCCAUCAGGAUUACUAUAGAACAAAAGAUGAAAAAGCAAAGGCAGGAGAAGAAGCAAGAGAAAAGGUGGCCCACCGGAGAGAGCGGUGUGAACAGUUGUUUCAUAUAAGCUUUACAGACGCGACAAUGAAGAUUCCAACCUUUGUGGUUAACGACGAUACCGAGCGUCUCUUUCGUAACCUCAUUGCCUAUGAACUAUAUGAGGAAGGUUCAACUUAUGUCAUUGAUUAUGUCACGUUGAUGGAUAACCUUAUCAACUCAAGCAAGGAUGUGCAAUUGCUUCGUUUCAGUGAAGUAAUCGAAAAUAUGUUGGGUGAUGAUGAAGCUGUUGCUAAAAUGAUUAACAAACUUCGUGACCAUGUUAUCUUAUGCGGUGAUACCUUUUAUUAUGAGGAGAUAUUUGUCGACGUGAAGAGGCAUUGCGCAAGACGUUGGAACACAUGGAAGGCGAAAUUAAGGCAUGAUUAUUUUAACAGUCCAUGGGCACUCAUCUCCUUUAUUGCUGCUCUUCUCGCUAUCCUUCUUACCAUCGGACAGUUUAUAACUGCACUCAUUCCUCUUGUAAAAUAAUGGAUUGCAGGCAGGCUUGAGGCUUGGUGGUUGUAAAAUAUGGUAAACUAAAGCUCAUGCGCUUCUUGCCUUUUA